CCAAUGCGCAUCGUCUAUAUCUUGUGAGCAAAUAUUAAUUAUUCAUUACAGCAAACAUGACCGGCCGGGCGACUGUCCGGGCCCCCGGUUAAGUAUGCGCCUUCAACUUGCGCUAUCCUUACAGUGGAACGCAUAGAAGCCCCCGGCACUGCUCAUUGUAGGCUGCAGCUGCUGGGGGGUGCGCGUUGUGACUCGAGGGCCGGCCUCCAGCACAUUAGCCUCCUAGGUUGCACCUGCGCUUUGAAGGAGCGACGCCAUGGGUUGCGUUAAUAGCAAGGAGGGAGAACUCGCUGGCGUCCCGCCAGCGGGCAAGGAGUUUGCAGACCUCAACAACUACGAUGCUCAGGGCGUGCUGUCUGUGUACCUGACCGGCGGGCCUCUGACUGCGAAAGACUACAAGGAGCGCCUGGUCUCCUCAGAGGGCACGCAGACCGUGUUUAUGCCCCAGUCCGGCUACACAAUCCGCUAUGCUUUCGUGAGCCAGCGCGGCUAUUACCCGGAUGCGCCCCACAAAGCCAACCAGGACAGUUUCUGUGUGCACACUUACUUCGGAGGCGAUGCAGAACAGUGCUUGUUUGGCGUGUUUGACGGACAUGGCGAGUAUGGGACGCAGUGCUCCCAAUUUGCCAAAGACAAGGUCCCAGAGAACCUGAUGAACAACACUCACUUCGCGGUCAGCCCGGAAAUCGCCUACCACCAGGCCAUGGUGCUGUCCAACAACCAGCUGCACAGGUCGGACAUCGACGACUCCAUGAGCGGCACCACGGCCAUCGCCGUGCUGGUGCGCGGCCGCACCACCUACGUGGCCAACGUGGGCGACAGCCGGGCGGUGCUGGCGGAGCGGCACGGCGACAAGGUGGUGGCGCAGGACCUGUCCUACGACCAGACGCCGUUCAGGCGUGACGAGUGCGAGCGCGUCAAGCGAUGUGGUGCGCGUGUGCUCACACUGGACCAACUGGAGGGAAUAAAGGACCCAAACGUGGAGUCGUGGGGCACGGAGGAGGAGGACGACGGCGACCCGCCCCGGCUGUGGGCGCCCAACGCCACCUACCCCGGCACUGCCUUCACACGCAGCAUUGGAGACAACGCCGCGGAGCGCAUUGGCGUGUUCGCCGAGCCGGAGGUGGUGACCAAGCAGCUGAGCGCGCAGCACCCGUUCAUCGUCAUCGCCAGUGACGGCGUGUUCGAGUUCCUGUCCUCGCAGUCUGUGGUGGACAUGGUGACCAAGUUCGAGGACCCUCAGGAGGCGUGCCUGUCCGUGGUGGCUGAGAGCUACCGGCUGUGGCUGCAGCACGAGACGCGCACGGACGACAUCACCAUGAUCGUCAUCCAGUUCCAGGGCCUGGAGGACGAGGCGCCGCAGAUGGCGCUGCCCACGCCCAGCGGGGCCGCGCUGGACUACUCCACGCGUGCGGUGCCGUCCAUGGCGGGCAUGGCGCUGCGGCGGCUGCCCACCACCCGCCUGGCCGCCAUUGAGGCGCCGGCCGUGUCCGUGGAGGAGCUGCAGGUGGAGCUGAGGCGCCUGCAGCAGCGCAAGGCGGCCACGGCGGCGGUGGCGCAGAGCGCAGGAGGGGCGGCGGCGGCGGCGGGGACAGGUGCAGCGGCGGAGGGCGCAGGCGCGGCGGCGGCGGGGGAUCAGGGCGAGGGCGAGGGCGCUGGGCAGGGCCUGCGGACGGCGGAGGAGCUGCGGCUGCUGGCCGGCGCCACCUCGGGCAACUUCCUGUUCAGCGGCAUGACGGAGGCGGAGCGCGCCGACGUGUUCACGCUGUUCGAGAGGUACCCGGUCAAGGCUGGCGACGUGGUGGUGCGGCAGGCCGAGCCGGGCGACUUCUUCUACGUGGUGGAGGGCGGCCAGUACGACGUGUUCGUGCAGGCGGGGCUGGACCCGCCGCUGCUGGUGCACACGUACAGCAGCGCAAGCGGGCAGCCGGCCUCGUUCGGCGAGCUGGCGCUGCUGUACAACAAGCCGCGCGCCGCCACCGUCAUGGCGCGCACGGACGGCUGCCUGUACCGCCUGCACCGCUCCGCCUUCCGGUCGGUGGUGGCGGCGGGCGGCGCGCCCUCCGCCACAGUGCGCACGCUGCGCAGUGUGGAGGUGCUGCAGUGCCUGUCCAUGACGCAGCUGACGCGGCUGGCGGAGCUGAUGGACGAGGUUGUGUUUGAGGACGGCAGCUACGUGAUCCGGCAGGGCGAGGAGGGCCGCGACUUCUUUGUCAUCACGGCCGGCGAGGUGUCGUGCACGGUCAAGAAGAACCUGGCCAACCCGGAGGAGCAGGCCAAGGAGGUGCUGCGGCUGUACGCGGGCCAGUACUUUGGCGAGCGCGCGCUGCUGACGUCCGCCAAGCGCGCCGCCAACGUGGUGGCCAGCGGCCGCGUGACGCUGCUGGCCAUCAGCCGCGGCCGCUUCGAGGCGGUGUUUGGGCCGCUGCAGGACGUGAUCGACGCGGAGGCGGCCUGGAAGGAGGCGGUGGCCAUGCAGCGCGAGGUGCUCAGCAGGAAGACCAUGGCCAGCGGGCUGCAGGUUGCCCAGGCCCAGUUCAGCCUGGAGGAGCUGUCUGCGCGGGGGCUGCUCAGCUCCACGGACUGCAGCGCGCUCAUGCUCAUGGAGCACAAGGCCAGCGAGGAGGUGUACACGGUGCGCGUCACCAGCGUUGCGGACGUGGCGGCUCUGGGCAAGCAGCCGGUGGUGAUGCGCAGUCGCGACGUGACGCGCAGCCUGGAGCCCAGCUUCUUCGUGCCGGGGGUGCUCAAGAGCUUCAAGGACAACCGGGUGCUGGCGGAGGUGCUCAUGACUGUGGGCCUGUGCACGCUGGACUGCCUCAUGGCGCCGCUGCCCUUCGACGAGGCGUCCGCCAUGUACAUCGCCGCCAGCGUGGUGCUGGGCCUGGAGCACCUGCACUGGAGCGGCGUCAUCUACCGCGGCCUGUCGGUACACAGCGUGGUGGUCACCGAGGGAGGCCAGGUCCAGCUGGUGGACUUCCGGUUCGCCCGCCGCAACGAGGGCCGCGCAUUCACGCUGUGCGGCAACCCCGAGUACCUGGCGCCCGAGGUGGUGGAGGGCCGCGGGCACACCGAGUCCGCCGACCUGUGGGCUCUGGGUGUGCUCAUCUACUGCCUCAUGUCGGGCGAGACGCCCUUCGCCUCGCCCGGCGACGACGAGCUGCGCAUCUACCGCCGCAUCGUGUCGCGCACGCUGGCCUUCCCGCCCCACUUCUCGCCCGCCGCGCGCGACCUGCUGGAGCGCCUGCUGCAGCACGAACCCGCCAACCGCCUGGGCGGGCAGGGGCCGGCCAGCCUGCGCGCGCUCAAGCGGCACCCCUGGUUCGCGGCCAUGAACUGGGACGCGCUGCUGGAGCACAGGUACCUGCCGCCGCCCGGCAUCCGCGAGCGCAUCUACAACUUUGAGGGCGUGGCGUACGCGCACUUCGACCCGCGCUCCUACGAGGGAGACAUUAGCUGGGCCAACAACUUCUGAGGGCCGCUUGUAGCAGGGGCGGGUCAUUUGGUAGACUGGUGAUAGUGGCGCACUGCUUCGCUGAAGGAGUGCUGACUGGGGUGCGGGUGCGCACAUCUUGAGGGCUGUGGCUGGCAUUGUGACCCCCAUCCUUGUAGUGGGCCUGGGCUGCGUUCAGGAACGUAACCGUUCUGUACGGCCAGGCGGGGCGCUGCGUUGUAUGCUAUGGGAGAGGGCGGAGAAGCGGGCACGCGAGUUGGUCGGGUUGUGGCCAGCCGCCAGGCGAGGCCGGCAGUGUGAGCGAAGCCAGGCGGAGGCGGUGGAGACCGGGCCCAACAUGGCUGCGGACAACGAAUGCAGUGGUAUCUUGGUUCAGGGCGGCGACCGUUGACUUUGGCUGGUACGGUAUGGGCUGGUGCGUAGGAAGAGGAGGUUUGAGGGGGAAGGAUGCGUGUGGAGGUCGACGGCUGGUGGCGAUGACAUGGAUCAGAUGUCGGCUGCGCCACCUCUGACCGUACACGGGGAGGUCGUGACGCUGUGUGUUGAGAGGCGGAAUGGCUGCCGCAUCGCAACGACUGGGGUUGCAGGUAUUGUAAGGCGCAAUUGGUCGUGGCGGCGGCGGCCUGGGGUGUGUGCCAACCCUGCUGGCACUCUGGCGGCGGAAGCUACAGUGUAGGGUCGGUCAUUCGGCUCGCAAGGACAACAGGUGAAGCGCACUGACGGCUUGGAGUGGGUUCUGUCGUAGGCGAAAUAAAGCGCUGCGUGGUGUUCAUGUAUGGUAUGUCAGCGCAAGUGUACGCGGAAUCCUGGCGUGUGAAAAGCCACUGGAGUGCGUGCGUGAGAGGUCUAAUGUCCUGGACGCGUGGGCAUUUUGCUUCUAACGCAUGAUGUCAUUAGUGAUGGCGCCUGGGUGUCGGGUACAGCAGCCGAAGCCAGGCACGAGAGGGACUCUCUGGCGGGGUUGGUUCUUGCGGUGAGCUUGGCCCAGCUUGUUGAGGAAGUAGUGUGGUCGGAAGCAGUACAUUUGUCGUUAGGAUGACUUCAGUGACCUGGCAAGACCGCGAGAGGCGGAGGUGCGUGCUAGCCUGCCUAUGGAUGGCGAGGGCACUGAGCGAUGCGCUUGCUUGUAAUGCUUGACGAUU